GUGUGUUCAUUUAAUUACGUGCACAAUCGCACAAAAAAGAUGGCUGAGACAGAACGAGAAGCACUGCCCACUGACUGUGCCAUCAUCCAUGAGAUCUAUGAUAACGGGGACGCUCAGGAACAAUUUGAAUAUGAACUGGAACAGGCCCUGGAGUCAGGGCGGAGCAUUAUCAUCAUAGAGCCGUCCCGGUUAGGGGAUGAGACGGCACGCUGGAUCACCGUGGGCAACUGCCUGCACAAGACAGCCGUACUGGCUGGGGUGGCCUGCCUGGUCUCGCCCUGGAUGCUCCCGGCCAAGGCUGUGAACUUCAUCAGCGUUCCCUUCGGCGCAACCAGCGCGGCCUGCGCCGCACUCUACGGGGUUUCCUGGCAGUUUGACCCCUGCUGCAAGUACCAGGUGGAGUACGACACCAGGAGCUUGGCCCGUCUACCCCUCCACACCCUCACCACUGCCACCCCUGUCGUUCUAGUGCGGCGUGAGGACAAAUACCGCAAGGCACUGCACAAUGUCAUCGCUGGACUGGCAGCCGUCUAUCUCGCCUACAGAUUCUACCGCUGGUGUGCUCAAUGAUGCUUGCAUCGACCAGCAUCUAGGGGAUAUUUUCAUGAUCCAGCUACAUUGUGUGUCGGAGCCUACAGGACUUGAGCAGCUUUUGGUGGUUUCUGUUAAAUUCUCUGGCAUUGCCAGGCAAUGCACAUGUAAAAGUUUGCAUUCAGAUUUGCUAGGAAUAGGCAAAGAAAAAGUCCUUUUUUCAGUCACAGACUGACUUUGUGCACACUUGCUUUUAUAUUCUGAUGAUUUGACAGACUGAAUGAGACUGUGACCAAUAAGUUAUGUGCCAACAUCUAACAUCAACUUCAAUGCAAUGGCAAUUCAACAUUCAGUGGACAAAAUGAUAUGAGACAGAUUUGCCUCAAAUUGGAAUGCAUUACUGCUAUGUGCCUGGCACAUGGGUGGAGACACUACAUGUUUGUGCGCAUUCCGAUGAAAAUUGCUUCCAGUUACAAUGUAUGUGUGUACACUCUACCAUGCUUGCCAGCUCCAGGGAAGGCGUGUGUCCCAUACGUUACACAUGUUCUCAUUGAGUUGGUGACACCACACUAAAUGGUUUUUCUGCUUGGUGGCCAUUCGUUGUGCGUAAGGCACUGUGCCAUAUAAGAGAGACUGAAUGCAUACAUGUACAUAUGUAUAGGAGGUUUGUGUGACAAACUCACAAGAACUCCUGUGUGCAGAAUAAGUAGCACGUAACACUGAUUUAUGCAUUGAUCUCAAGUGUGUAACACUGGUUCACACGUUUGUGUCCUCAAGUGCGCAGAAGUACAUGUACAUCUGUACAUCGCACUUCCAGCUCAUUGGGAACAACUCUGUCCACGGACCUCUAUCAUGGGGCAGCCAUCUUGCCUUUCUCCCAUUCAAAGCAAUGUAACCAAACUGAGGCUGGAAAGAAAAAUAGUCUGUUCCCUUUUAUCAAUAUGCAAAGGGGUAUUGCUAUUGCCAAUGGGUCUGCAGGGAACAAGUCAAACAUGGUAGCGUAUGAUAAAGAUCUGUUGUUCCAUUAGACUGUAUUGUUUUACAGUAACAGCAGAACUGCAAAAGUGUGCCGUCUCAUUUGUAAAGGUUUGCUUGUCAAUGCAGAAACCCAAGUUAUAAUGAUGGUGUAUAAAUGCCCCAAGUAAUUUCAUGAUUUAUGUCAGUGAUUCCGCAGAGUGACUUGAUAAGGCAUUGUCAAGGUAGUAACCCUCCUAUGGU